AUGGCUCAAAGCGAUGUAAUAAGCAAGUUAUUUGCCCCCGGUGUUCCGGUUCACAUGAGCUUAAGAACUGUUCGCUUUCUAAGGACAGUAAAGAUCUACGUUGCUCCAACUGUCUACACCUUCGCGAUUCACAGAAACUUGAUAUCGAAGACAGAUCGUUUUGUGGAGAGCAGCGGUCUAGGUGGAGGAGUUUUGCUUGCUGUUCGCAACACUAUUGCAUGUGUUGAAAUAACUCUACCUGAGUCUCUUCAAAAAAUGCGUUUAAUAGACAUUGUAGGCAUCAAACUUCUAAUUGGCCACAAGCAUUUGUUUGUAUUUUGUGUUUACAUUCCUCCUAAAUCAACAAUCAAGGACUAUGAACUCUUCUCCGAUGAAUUUUCUAAUUUCUGCAUUCAGUUUAGUGAUGUGUUGGUGAUGGGAGAUUUUAAUUUACCAGCUUUGCCACUUAUUUUGAAUCGGUCUUCUCAAAUCGUCAAACUAGAAGUGAUGUCUUUCCAGAACCGAAAGAAGUACAACUUGCAAACUUCCCUUACUUCGAAGUUUACUGCAGGACCUGACGAAAUUCCAUCAUUUUUUGUCAGGGAUUGUGCCACAGUUCUAGCACAACCGCUGUGCACAAUUUUUAAUCUUAUUAUUCAGACCGGUUACUUCCCACAACUGUGGAAAACUUCAAAGAUUACUCCAAUAUUGAAACACGGAAACAAAUCAGAAAUUUCCAACUAUCGACCGAUAGCUUUAAUAUCGAAUUUUUCAAAAGUGUUUGAGUCAGUUCUACAUGCAAGACUAAGUCGGCCUGUGAGCGUAUUACUUUCUGAUAAUCAACAUGGUUUCGUUCAAGGAAGAUCAACUUUGACAAAUCUUAUCAACACCACUCAAGCUAUAUCUAGAGUUAUGGAUAAAACUGGCCAAAUGGAUGUUAUAUACAUAGAUUUAUCGAAAGCAUUCGACACACUAGAUCAUAGAAUCCUUCUAAAGAAAUUAUCCUCAUUCGGCUUGUCUCAGUCUUUAAUCCAAAUCUUCUCUUCUUACUUAUCAAACAGGUUUCAAUAUGUCCAGUGUCGUGGUCAUAAAUCUGAUCCGUACAGUCAAAAGUCUGGUGUACCUCAGGGCUCUGUACUGGGGCCACUGCUUUUCAUUAUAUUUAUAAACGAUAUUCAAAGAGUGUUAGACAUCGAGUUCCUGCUUAUAAACAGACCAGAAUUUGUUCAAGACCUAGGUGUCACAUUUGACAAACAUUUAAAUUUCAAGCAACAUGUCAUCACGGUUACAAAUAGAGCUUCUAAAGUAUUAGGAUUUAUUAUGAGAUCGUCUAAAGAGUUCUCUAAAACCGAGACAAAUAUAUGUUUGUACAAAACACUG